AUGUCUGCUAUACUUGGAACUUUUAAAAUACCAGAAAUUCAUAAUGAACCAUUGAGAAGUUAUCAACCUGGUAGUGUUGAUCGAGCCAAGCUUAUUGAAGCUUUAGAUGAAUUAAAGGCUCAGGUUCCAAUAGAAAUUCCUGUUUUUAUAAAUGGUAAAAAGCAUUUUACUGGCCAUAUUCAAGAACAGAGAGUUCCAACAGAUCAUGCUAUAGUAUUAGCAAAAACUCAUGAAGCAAAUCCAGAACUUAUAAAUCAAGCAAUUGAGGGUGCACUAACAACCAAAAAAAACACUUGGGAAACUUUAUCAUUUACUGAUCGAUCUGCUAUAUUCUUAAAAGCUGCUGAUUUAGUUGCUAACAAAUACAGAUAUAAACUAAUGGCUGCUACUAUGCUUGGCCAGGCAGAAAUAGAUGCAGCAGCAGAGUUAAUUGAUUUUUGGAGAUUUAAUUGUCAAUAUGCACAAGAAAUAUAUCAACAACAACCACCUAAAAAUUCACCAGGAGUAUGGAACAGAUUAGAGUAUAGACCACUUGAGGGAUUUGUUUAUGCUGUUACACCAUUUAAUUUCACUGCAAUUGGUGCUAAUCUUGUAGGUGCACCAGCUUUAAUGGGCAAUGUUGUACUCUGGAAACCUUCCCCAAAUGCCGUUUUAUCAAAUUGGAUAGUAUUGGAGAUACUUAGAGAAGCAGGACUUCCUGAUGGUGUCAUACAAUGGAUUCCUGGCCAACCAGUGGAAGUUACUCAACAAGUACUGAAAUCACCAGAGUUUGCUUCAUUACAUUUCACUGGAUCAACUUUUGUUUUUAAACACUUGUGGAAGGAAAUUGGUAAUAAUAUUGACAUUUAUAAAUCAUAUCCAAGAAUCGUUGGAGAGACUGGUGGUAAAAAUUAUCAUUUGGUGCAUAAGUCAGCGAAUGUUCCGAAUGCUGUUCAUCAGACAAUUCGUGCAGCUUUUGAAUAUCAAGGUCAAAAAUGUUCAGCUUGCUCUCGUGCUUAUAUACCCGACACUUUAUGGGGACAGUUUAGCAAAUUGUUGUUAAGUGAAAUUGAUAAAAUCAAAGUUGGUCCUGUUGAAG